CAUGCUAAAAUUUUUCAAAAAACAACAUUCAAAAUAGCAGAAAUAAACACGACCUGUUUGAAUUUAUUGAAAAAGAAAAAACUAUGAGUGAAAAUGCCGCAAGGAGGCCAAAAUAUUACACUCCAAACGAAGUAAGAGUACAUAACACACUGAAAGAUAUAUGGGUUUCUUUUCUUGGCAAAGUUUACGACCUUACUCCAUUGUGCAGGAAGUAUGCAGGUGAUGUUUUGUUAAAGCCAAUCAUUGAAGUUGGUGGCAAAGAUAUUUCCCAUUGGUUUGAUCGCAAAACCAAAGAGAUACGAACCCACAUCGAUCCAGAAACAAAUUGUGUAUUUCCAUACACUCCCAGGGGCAGGUUCAUUCAUAUUCCACCAAAAUGCCCUCGGACAGAUUGGGAUAAUGAUUUUGGAAGGCCUUGGUGGAAAGAUGAAUCUUAUUGCAUUGGACGGCUAUCUGCAAAGACUAGAAAAGUUCGUAUCAUAAACACUAUGACUUCUCAAGAACAAAUUUUGGAGGUUUGCUCAGAAGAAAUUCUUAGCGAGAUUCAAGACCGUUACAUCAAGUAUAACCAACACGCGGGCAGUUACACCUGGAAAUAUGAAGGCGUUAACCUCGACAUGACAAAAACUUUGGAGGAGAAUGGAAUUGUUGAUCAAAGCGAAGACUUUUACCAACUUCGAAUUAAUGAAGAUCAAUAUUUUCCAGCCAUACAUUUGUACUUUAACGAUGAUCUCACGGAAGCGUAGUUAACAAAACUGAUGAUUUCUCCUGAACUAAAUUGUUGACGAAAACUAAUUGCAGUUUUUAAAGAACCCACCAGUUUUUUCCUUUUGAUUUGGGUUCCCAUAAAAAAAUCAGAGUAGGCUUCUAAUUUAUAAAGCCGAUUCUUUUUUUGGAGCUGACAAAUUUUAGACAUUUACUUCAAAAAAAGCAAUUGAUAUUGUUGAAAAUGUGACGUUUUAUUUUUUAAAUUUAUGCACUUUAUACAAUUUUACUUUCGUGUUACUUAAUUUUUUACACAACUUGAAAAUCCUAUUAAAUAAUUCACAUCAAAUUUUUCA